AUGCAGCAUAUCGUAAAUUUGGAGGGGUUCGAAGGGGCUGCAUCCAAUGCAGCACUGGACAAAUCCUCAGACGUUUCUCAGCCAACGGCUGAAGUUCAAACGGAUAGUGAAGGGAACGUGGUGGCACAUGAUAGUGAUGACAACUAUGAUAGUGCAUCCGAUCGAGGCUUUCAGGUGCUGUCUGUAUGGGUGGAGAGAAGACGAUUUGAGAGACAGAAGAAAGACAGGGAUAUGCCGAAAGAGGACACCAGUAGAAUCUAUCGGUACUAUGCAUACCGCUCGUUCGUGUCCUGGGCUUACGGAAUUCUGGGGAUGGGCAAGCGCUAUGAGCUGCCGGCAUGUGUAAGGGUAGCUAUAAUGAAUGCCUACCCUUCAGGCAAUGCAGAGUACGUGGGAUUCAAGCCAUGGAAAAGCGGAACUAAGCACUUCGAGUGUGAAGACGACGACGAGGAGUGGAGGUGUGAUAACUUCUAG